UUCGUUAGCAAAGACUCACCCUGCUAAGACUGUGCUCACAGCUGAAGAGUCAGUUGCCAAUAUGUGCAAAGGACUUGCAGCCCUGCCCCACUCCUGCCUGGAAAGGGCCAAGGAGAUUAAGAUCAAGUUGGGAACUCUCCUCCAGAAGCCAGACUCGGCUAUCGACCUUGUCAUCCCAUAUAAUGAGAAGCCGGAGAAGCCGGAGAAGCCGGAGAAGCCAGCCAAGACCCAGAAGCCUUCUCUGGAGGAGGCCCUGCAGUGGCGUGACUCCCUGGACAAGCUCCUGCAGAACAACUAUGGACUCGCCAGCUUCAAAAGUUUCCUGAAGUCUGAAUUCAGUGAGGAGAACCUGGAGUUCUGGAUCGCCUGCGAGGACUUCAAGAAGACCAAGUCCCCUGCCAAGAUGGCUGAGAAGGCAAAGAAGAUUUAUGAAGAAUUCAUCCAGACUGAGGCUCCCAAAGAGGUGAACAUCGACCACUUCACGAAGGACAUCACCGUGAAGAACCUGGUGGAGCCCUCGCUGAGCAGCUUUGACGUGGCCCAGAAAAGAAUCCACGCCCUGAUGGAGAAAGAUUCGCUGCCCCGCUACGUGCGCUCCGAGUUCUACCAGGAGCUCAUGAAGUAG